ACGUAUACACACGUCUGCUCGGUGAUCAGAUGAUGAACGACGUAGCUGCGCUAUUUUUACGUCACUACUUUAUCGCGGAUGCACUACGAUGCUGCUAUAUAAAGCGCAAUGUGAAAAAUCUCCUCUUGAUGGUACGAGCGAUUUUAGUUACGCUCUUCAUACGGAUAACUGCUUUCGGAACAUAUAUGAUCUAUCUCGAACGUAGGAAACAUUAUCUCUUUGUGGCCAGAAAGCCCUCGGAGAUGCUGCAGGAGAAGGAUGGAUGUAAUCAUCGGACGCCUCGGGGGGACGGAAAGGUGCAAGGAAACGUGAUCUCGGAAGUCAAUGGUUCUCUGUCGUGUCUUCGGCCUCCCUUGCGACCGGGGCCCCCGUCAGGCGGGAUUAUCUUUUUUGUCAUUCUCGUCACGUGUAUCUCUUUCCUGACAUAUCCUCCCUGACUAGACCAUCCCCAUAUCUUUUUCUCUUUCGCCUUCAUGCAAGCACACCGGAAAAA